GCCGUUUUGUCCCAUUUCGCUGUCGUCUGCUUUGCUUUGCGGUUCUCGUUCUUAGUCUCGGCGCUCGUCCGUGUUUAUUUUUGUAUAUUUGUCGCAUAUACAUACAUAUAUAGUUUUGGUUAAUAUUUUGUUGUUCUUAUUUAUAGUUUACAGUUAUUGUUCUUGUUCUUGUCCUUGUUGUUGGCCAAAAGUCGGACCGACAGCUGGUCGAAAACGUAACUGCAACUUUAAGGGUAACGGUAAUUUGAAAUCAUGGCUGCCAAAGAUCGUCUGCCCAUAUUUCCAUCGCGCGGGGCACAAACUUUGAUGAAAUCGCGUCUGGCGGGCGCCACAAAGGGCCAUGGCCUACUUAAGAAGAAGGCCGACGCGCUGCAGAUGCGUUUUCGCCUGAUUCUGGGCAAGAUCAUUGAGACAAAGACGCUGAUGGGCCAGGUAAUGAAGGAGGCGGCCUUCUCGCUGGCGGAGGUCAAGUUCACGACGGGCGACAUCAAUCAGAUAGUGCUGCAGAAUGUGACCAAGGCGCAGAUCAAGAUACGCACCAAAAAGGAUAAUGUGGCCGGCGUAACGCUGCCGCUGUUCGAGCCAUAUCAGGAUGGCGUCGAUACCUACGAGCUGGCCGGGCUGGCGCGUGGCGGCCAGCAGCUGGCCAAGCUGAAGAAGAACUAUCAAAGCGCUGUCCGGCUGCUCGUCGAGCUGGCCUCGCUGCAGACAUCCUUUGUUACGCUGGACGAUGUCAUCAAGGUGACCAACAGGCGUGUCAAUGCCAUUGAGCACGUGAUAAUACCGCGCAUCAAUCGCACCAUCGAGUAUAUCAUCAGCGAACUGGACGAACUGGAGCGCGAGGAGUUCUAUCGCCUCAAGAAGAUACAGGACAAGAAGCGCGAGGCCCGCAAAUCGGCGGAUCUGGCGCGCGAGGAGCUGCGCCGCCAGGGCUAUAACGUGCCCUGCAGCGAGGAGGCGCAGAGUAUACUCGAGAACGAUGGCGACGAGGAUCUGCUCUUCUAGGCAAUACACCAGCCAAUACACACACACACCUACACACACACACACACACACACACCUACACACACACUACCUCAUUGGCAGAGUCUUUAUUCAAUUUCGUGCACAUUGUGCUCCAAUUUGUUCGGGUUCUGGUUCAGCAACUGGUUCGUUAUUGUUGUUGUUUUUGUUGUUACUGCUCUCGUCUCGUUGUUGUUGUUGUUGUCUGCAGCUAAUGAAAUUAUGUACACGUA